GUGAGCCCUCUCUGUCUUCCUCUGUUCUUCGCCACGACUUGUUUCACCCUUCUGCAAUCGCAAACUUCACUCUUCAUUCUUCACCAAGCAGUAGCAGACUGCAUUACUGCCUGUGCGCCAUAGCCCGCACCUCCGCCGCCUUCGCCUCAAGCUUUCGGUCAGAAGCUCUGUCGACCGUUGUCCACUCGUGAGUCGUCAGUCGACCGCCUCCUCAGGUUAUAAUUGUCAAUACGUGUAAAGUCAAGCUUCACCAAAAACUAAAGCCGGACAUUGAUUUUCUAAGAUCAGGAGAGGAGCUAUCAUGUUUGGGACAGCAAUAAGGUACAUGGUGGGGAGGAAGCCAAAGCCAAAGAUGAAACCGAUAGAGCUGAAAACCCCACCAGAGCAGACACAGACUAUCACAAGGGUUAUUUUUGACAUUUUGAAGGAGCAUGGUCCUCUCAGCAUUGCUGAUACCUGGGAACGCGUAAAGGAAGUUGGAGUCCGAGGAUUAACAAGCAAAAGGCACAUGAAGAUAGUGCUAAGAUGGAUGAGGGAAAGACAAAAGCUUAAGCUUAUAUGCAACCAUGUAGGUCCCAACAAGCAAUUUCUGUAUUCCACCUGGUUUACAAAACCAGACAUUAAACCAACAACACCCGGAAGAGGCACUUCACAGGCUAAGUUACCCUAAUCCUCGAGCUUGCAAGCGGUUAUUUAAUGUCCCAAGUACAUCUCAUUUUGAAUCGUCGUUUCCUAUAUAUCCCAGAGUUUAAACAGAUGGUCAGUUCUGUUGCCCUUUAAACCAAAACUAGUGCGGUAUAGAUUAUAAUGAUAACCCACAAUAUGAAAUAAUGCUGUUCUUGUAUAGGGAUAGGCUUUUUUUUUUUUUUUUUUUUUUUUGGGUUUCUUUUUCUGGCCAAAUUCUGUUUGAAAAAGAUGGUAUUUGAUGCUUUGUAGCCACAUGCUUUAUAUCCAUCCACAUGUCACUUACA